CACAAAGCUCCUCUCUCUCUCUCUCUCUCUCUGAAGCUUUCAUUUCUGCAUUCCCCGCUGACGCCUGAAGGAGAAGCAGCUGCUUCUGCAAAAGGGUUUGUGUACGGACACUCGUCACGCUCGUACCGACGCUCUCGCUCCGAGAGUCUUUUGCGAGGGCAAGAGGGGAGUGGCCGUUUCGUACUCGGAAGCCAAAUGCGAUUGCUUUUUCCUCUCUAAAUUCCCAAAUUUAAGUGUUUGAGCCAUGGAGUCACCAAUUGAUGUAUCCCCCAUUAAAACUACAUAUGACAGUUUAUAUUCCAAGGGGCAUAAGAGGAUGAAACUCUGUUUGGACGGAAAGAAUUAUGAUGGCUUGGACAUCUCUGUAAGUAAGCAUGAUGAAGUUGUAGAGAAGAAACCUAAGUCUACUUCAGAAGUUGUUGACUACACUGAUCCAUUUGCCAUACGGAACUUGCUGGAGAGGUUAGACUGUGGUGAAUAUGGAAGUGUUACAAAGGAGAUAGAGGCAGUUCUUGCUAAAAAGACCCAAACUAUGGUCCCUUAUUUUGCAAAGUAUCCUGCACUGGCAAAUGCAUUCUUGGAGGAAGACAAAAGGCAGAGUAAAAAGGCUCCCAAAUCUGAAAAUCCACUAGCUAGUGAUAAAGUCAUUGAUCUGGAGGAUGACUGCGUUGAAAAUAAUGCUCCAGCAUCACUGAGGCCUGUGGUAAUCAUUGAUUCAGAUGAGGAACAAAGUGAAGAUCCGAGAUCUUAUCCUUUCAAAGAGGUUGUCUUGCCACAGCCAUCAUAUUCUUUCCAGGAGGUUUUCUUGGGACAAUCGUCAGAACAGAAUUCCAUGAAUAAAGCAGUGGAAAGAGACUUUUUGGAGAACAGACUUCCAGGUGAAAAACCAAGUCUGUCCAGUGAAACAGGAAUCAAGAAUCACCCAGGAAUUUAUGUUGGUGUAGAAGAUGAUGGUGAUUACCAGACAGAUGUUGAAGAAGAUGAUGGUCUGGGAGAUAUUUGGAAUGAAAUGUCAAUGGGUUUAGAAACUAACAAGGAUGCUGCUGUGGAAGGAAUGAGUGGCGGGGAAGAGGAAGGUGACUGUGAUCAUUCUUUUGUCUUGAAGGAUGAUAUUGGAUAUGUUUGCCGCAUUUGUGGGGUUAUUGACAGAGCAAUUGAGACGAUAUUUGAGUUUCAGUAUAACAAGGUCAAAAGGAGUACAAGAACUUACAUGCCUGAUUCUCGGAAUGGCAAAGAAAGAGAUUCAGCCGAGAUAGAUGGAUUUAAAUUGUCAGAGGAUGGUUUGAUACUAACUGAGAUAUCUGCUCACCCAAGACAUAUGAAACAAAUGAAACCUCAUCAAGUGGAGGGUUUCAAUUUUCUUGUUAGCAACUUGGUUGGCGAUAAUCCUGGUGGUUGCAUCUUGGCCCAUGCUCCAGGUUCUGGUAAAACAUUUAUGAUAAUAAGUUUCAUGCAAAGUUUUCUAGCUAAGUAUCCAAAUGCAAGACCCCUGAUUGUUCUUCCUAAAGGAAUCCUGGAUACGUGGAAAAAGGAGUUUAAAAUUUGGCAAGUGGAGGAUAUUCCAUUAAUUGAUUUCUAUGAAAAUAAAGCAGACAAUCGAUCACAGCAGCUGGAGGUGUUGAAACAAUGGGUGGAGCACAAGAGUAUCCUUUUCUUAGGGUACAAGCAAUUCUCCUCUAUUGUUUGUGAUCGAGAAACUAGCAAGGUAUCAACUGCGUGCCAAGAAAUAUUGCUGAAGGCACCUUCAAUUCUUAUUCUGGAUGAAGGGCAUACUCCAAGAAAUGAUAACACUGACGUGUUCCAAUCCCUUGCAAAGCUGCAGACACCUAGGAAAGUUGUACUUUCUGGAACCAUUUUCCAAAAUCAUGUCAACGAAGUAUUCAACCUUUUGAAUCUUGUUCGUCCUAAGUUUUUAAGAGCAGAAACAUCCCGACCCAUCAUCAAGCGGAUCAUGAGUAGAGUGCAUAUACCAGGUGUAAGGAAGCAGUUCAAAGCUGGCAGUGAAUCAGCCUUCUAUGAACUAGUGGAGCAUACUCUACAGAAGGAUAAUGAUUUUCGAAGGAAAGUCACUGUCAUACACGAAUUGCGUGAGAUGACUAGCAAGGUGCUUCAUUAUUACAAAGGAGAUACCCUCGAUGAACUUCCUGGGCUAGUUGAUUUCACUGUGGUACUAAAUCUCACCCCCAAGCAGAAGCACGAGACUGAGAAGUUAAAGAAGUUUGCAAGAAAGUUCAAGCAAAAUGCUGUUGGAAGCGCUGUUUAUCUUCACCCAAAACUGUCCAACUUGGCUUGGAAGCCUACUGAUCCAGAUGACAGAGUGGAUGAGCUCUUGGACAAAAUAGAUGUGAAAGAUGGAGUCAAGGCAAGAUUCUUUCUUAAUAUACUGAACUUAUGUGAGUCAGCGGGUGAGAAACUUUUAGUUUUCAGUCAGUACCUCCUACCACUGAAAUUUUUGGAGAGAUUAGUAGUCAGAAUGAAGGGGUGGAGCGCUGGGAGAGAAAUGUUUGUGAUCUCAGGUGAGUCAAGCUCUGAGCAACGGGAAUGGUCUAUGGAUAGAUUUAACAAUUCCCCCACCGCCAAGGUUUUCUUCGGCUCAAUUAAGGCUUGUGGGGAGGGUAUAUCGUUGGUAGGGGCUUCUCGACUAAUACUUCUGGAUGUACAUCUUAACCCCUCAGUGAGCAGGCAGGCCAUCGGUCGUGCAUUUAGACCAGGUCAGAAGAAGAAAGUUUUCGUGUAUAGAUUGGUAGCUGCUAAUUCUCCUGAAGAGGAAGAUCAUAGCACUUGCUUCCAAAAAGAAACAAUUGCAAAAAUGUGGUUUGAAUGGAAUGAAUAUUGUGGUUUCCGGGAUUUUGAAGUGGAGACCAUUGAUGUGAAUGAGAGUGAUGAUCCCUUCCUCGAAAGUCCAGUGUUGAGGGAGGAUGUGAAGCUUCUGUACAGAAGGUAGGUACCGCCAUCGUCAUUGGGCUGACAACUGACGUACAGAGUAGGGAAAAUUUUCUCACUAUACUUUGGUUGACAUUCCGUCCUUUGUCUGUUCACAUUAGAUUUUUGAUUUCUGGAAGAAUUUCAGGCAGGUUGCUUAGCGUUUAUUCGUUAGUACAGGCAGUUUCUGUUUUCUGCUCCUAGAAUCAGACUAGUCCCUCUAUGUCCACCGGGCAAUGGAUUCUGACAUGUAAAAGUUGUGAAGAACGGAAAUUUUGACAACGCUGUUUGAAGGAGGGUGCUUUUCGUCUUCUAGGAUACAUGACCUAUGAUGUUCGGUGUGAUUUCUCUUGUUCGAGUCUGGUUUGUACCGCUGCUUCAUUUUGGGGGCUAAGCAUUCUGCUUUUAAUUUAACUGACCUUCAAGGAAAUAGAGCAAUUACAGUUAGUAUAUAUGGUUAUGCUAGUUCUGGGCAUCUUGCUUUGAGUUCAAGAAAACCAGACAAGCUUUAUUUAUUUUUA